AUGGCUGUGAGGUUAUUGUCUAAAUUAAAGGUUCUACCUGAAGUUCGAGGUGUUGCGAACGCCAGUUCAGCUGCUGCACCCGCUACACUAUCAGAUUUCGAUCUUCAGCAUAAGACACCAGUUAUCAGGCAACAGAAGUUGAUCCCAAAGGCGCACUAUGGUGGUCGUCACGCUGUUACAAUGCUACCGGGUGGUGGCAUCGGUCCUGAGUGCAUGGGUUACGUGAGAGACAUUUUCAAGUACAUUGGUGCACCUGUGGACUUUGAAGUUGUCAACAUUGAUCCUAAUGUUGACAAUGAUCAUGAUGUACAAUACGCCAUCACUACUAUCAAACGGAACGGUGUUGGCAUUAAGGGCAACAUUGAAACAAAAAGUGAAGCUGCCUAUGUGACGUCACGCAACGUAGCUCUGCGUAAUGAACUCGACAUGUACGCUUACGUAAUGAACUGCAAGUCCUUCCCAGGAGUCACCACCAGGCAUAAGGAUAUUAAUAUUUCUAUUAUCAGACAAAACACUGAGGGAGAGUAUGCCAUGUUGGAACACGAGUCAGUUCAUGGUGUUGUCGAGUCCAUGAAAGUGGUGACGGCCAGUAAUUCUGAAAGGGUUGCCCGGUUCGCCUUUGAGUACGCCAAGAGAAACGGACGCAAAAAGGUAACAACGGUCCAUAAAGCAAACAUCAUGAAGUUGUCAGAUGGUCUGUUCUUGGAGACAUCACGAAAGAUGGCCGAGCAGUAUCCCGACAUUGAGCACAAUGACAUGAUCAUCGAUAACUGUUGUAUGCAACUUGUUGCCAAACCUCACCAAUUCGACGUGAUGUUGAUGACCAAUCUGUACGGUUCUAUAGUUUCCAACGUCGUGUGUGGACUGCUGGGCGGGGCUGGUCUUCUUUCAGGCAGGAACUAUGGCGAUCACUACGCUGUCUUCGAGCCUGGUACCAGGAACACAGGUACCGCUAUCGCCGGCAAGAACGUCGCUAAUCCCAUCGCUAUGAUCAACGCCUCAAUAGACAUGUUGGAGCACCUCGGUCACUUCUGUCACGCCGAUCUCAUCCGCAAUGCUGUAAACAAGACCUGCAAUGUUGACAAGAUCUUAACCCCUGAUGUAGGAGGCACAGCUUCCUCUACAGACGUGGUGAACGCUAUCAUUGCAUGCAUGAGCAAGGAGUACGGUACCUUCUUUCCGUGUGUCACCGGCGCUAAUAAGCCUAAGGAAACAGGAAAACCCAAAACAGCUGAAAAAAAGUCUAAAAAAUGCAAAUAG